AUGGCGCCGUCCAUGGGCCGCGUGCCCCGAGAGGUUCUGGCCGCUGGGCUCGGGGCCGUGUGCGUGGACGGCCUGUUCAACCCCCUCGCGGUGGUGAUGGCGCGCUCGCAGCUGGAGCCCGGGGCCAGCCCGGCGCAGAUCGCGAGGCGCUCGCUGGGGGCGGCGGGGCUGCUGCGCGGCCUGGUGCUGCCGGGCCUGCUGCCCAUGUGCCUCAAGGGCCUCUGCAGCUCCGGCUGCCGCGUGGGCCUGUACCCCGCGAUACGUGACCGCAUGCCCGGCGACGGGCUCCUGGCCAGGGCCUGCGCGGGCGCCACCAGCGGCGUCAUCGGCGUCACGGUCUUCAGCCCCUUCGAGAUGGUGCGCGUCCGGAUGGUCAGCGGCAGCCCUUACCCGAGCACCGCUGCGGCGUUCGUCGCGGUCGCGCGGGAGGCGGGGAGCCCCGCCGGGCUGUGGCGUGGCGUGGGCCCGCACGCGGCAUGCAGCUCUCUGUUCAGCGGCGUGCAGCUGGCCUCCUACGACAGCGCCAAGCGGCUUCUCCGGCGGUCGCGAGGCGCGGAGGAGGGCCCCGCGCUGCACAUGGCGGCGAGCUUCCUGUCGGGCCUCUGCGCCCAGGUCGCCUCCCACCCCGCGGCCACGGUGAAGACGGUGCUCAUGGACCGGAGGGCGGCCUCGGGGCGUGGGGCGGGCGCGGUGGGGACGCUGCUGGAGCUGCUGUCGCAGGGCGGCGUCGGCAGGCUCUAUCCGGGUCUGCUGCCCGCGCUCGCCUUCAAGGCUCCCGCCGCCAUGGUCUACAUGCCGGUCGUGGAGCAGUUCAGGGCGCGGGUGUUCUGCGUCGGCUACCUGUGA